AUGGACGAGGCAGUAGGUGACGGGGUGGCUGAUCCUGUUAAUCACACACGUGUCCAUGAUAAAGAGAAUGAACUCUCUCGAAGGCCCAGUAGCUCUAGCAUGCUUCAAUCGACUGACAUGAUCAUGCCUGAUGCAGAUGAUUAUCGCAAUAACUCAAAACACCAAAAGUCAGGUACUUCGGAUGCAAAAAACCAAGACAGGAUUGUUUCAUCCGAACAUGCCAGCGCAAGUCCUCGUUGUCUGGAUAAUGCUGGGGUCAUGGUUGAGGAACUAACUCUGAGAAAUUAUGAUGGUGAGAAAAUGACUGUAGUGGGUGCUUCUAACAAUAGAGAGCUUAUGUCGACUAGGCAGAACCAUUGGAAGAAUUUGUACCAACAAGCUGGCAGAUCAGGAUUUAGUAAUCCUGACGAACAAGCUGGCCAGGAAGGAAAAGAACAGGCAGAUUCAGGUGAGCGGGUGGAUGACACCAAUGCUUACUUCACUGAGUUACUGAAUGAACUUCAGUCGACACAAAAUUACGGUAAUAAUUCUAGCGGUGAAAAUGUUUUGAGCAAUGAGGAUAAAGGUGCCUCAGGCGAAAUUCCGCACCCUUCUGGAAGCAUCCGGACAAAAAUUAUAUCUAAAUCUGGGUUUUCUGAGUUUUUCGUGAAGAGUUCGUUGAGAGAUAAAGGGGUACUACAUAGAAGCCAAUCUGGCAGAGGAUCUGUUACCGAGUCAGAUUUGAAAAAUUCUGCCGCGCCAUCAAAUUUCACCGCGAAGAAGCCUCUUACGGAUGGUGUUGCUAACCCAUUGGACACUACUAGUUCUAGAAGUAUCUGUGAUGGCGUUAAUUUAAGGGAAUGGCUGGAAGCAGAUGGAACAAAGGUCGAUAAAGUUGAGAAGAUGCGUAUAUUCAGGCAGGUUCUCAACCUUGUGGAUAUUUCACAUUCUCAUGGAGUUCCCCUUCAGGACCUGAGGCCUUCCUGCUUCAAGGUGUCGGGGUCACACCAGGUCAUGCAUUUAGGAUCUUCUGUUCAUGAGGGGACUAAAAUAAAAUGUAGAGAUCAAGAUAUCCAUCGUAAUGGAAAGAGGCUAAUGCAUCAUGACGACAUCCCCUUGGACAGUCACGCUGUGAAGAAGCAUAAGUCAGGUGAAAAUACGAAGUUUAUUCAGAGGUGGAACCAGUUUCCAUCGAGGCCUGCCAAUAGAACUGCAUCGUUAAAUAUUGGUGGUGUAGAAAGGGCCAGAGUUUGGGACCUUAACAGUAAUUUAGAUGAAGACAACAAUCCAAGAGCUGAGGUUAAGACCCACAGAAAAUUGUUAGACAAUGCUGCACCUAAUUCAGAGCAAGCAUUACGUGGAUCCACGAGUUUUAUGUUGGAAGAGAAGUGGUAUAUGGGUCCUGAGACUUUCAAUGAGAAAGGCUGCACGUUUGCGUCAAAUAUUUAUUGCUUGGGGGUCCUUCUAUUUGAGUUACUUGCCCCAUUGGUUUCCGGAAGAUCUCAUGUUGCUGCAAUGAAUGAUUUACGCCAUAGGAUUCUUCCACCUAGGUUUAUUUUGGAGAAUCCCAAGGAAGCUGGAUUUUGUCUUUGGUUACUUCAUCCCGAGCCUUCUUUACGCCCAUCCACCAGUGAAAUUUUGCAAUCUGAAUUUAUGAAUGAAUCUGAAGAAUUGAACGGAAAUGAGAUACUGUCAUCCAUUGAUGAAGAAGAAGAGGAAUCCGAAUUGUUGUCACAUUUUCUUUUAUCAUUGAAUGAGCAAAAACAAAAGGACACAUCCAGUUUAGUGGAACAAUUCCAGUGCAUAGAAGCUGAUAUUCAAGAGAUUGAGAAACGGCGGCUCAAGAAAUCGGGUGGUCCAUCUUCUAGUGGAGGGAAUGCAAGUUUAGAUGCAUCCUCAAAGAUAGCCUCUGCAAAUGGUACAGAAAUGAUGCGUAAUAUCAAGCAACUAGAAGAUGCUUACUUUUCUAUGAGACCCAACAUUCAGCUCUCGGACAGCAAUGUAGCCACACGGAGGGAUCGAGAGCUUUUCAGAAGUCAUGAAAAUUGGUGCACUGUAGCAAAUGAAGACAAUACCACAGACCAUUUAGGGGGCUUUUAUGAUGGGCUAUGCAAAUAUGCUCGCUAUAACAAAUUCAAGGUACGAGGGGUGAUAAGGAAUGGGGAAUUUAACAGCAUUGCAAAUGUUAUUUGCUCCUUGAGUUUUGACCGGGAUGAAGAGUAUUUAGCUGCAGGAGGGGUAUCGAAGAAGAUCAAGAUUUUCGAAUGGCGAGGUCUGUACGAUGACUCUGUUGGCAUUCAUUAUCCAGCUGUAGAGAUGUCGAAUAGGUCAAAGCUGAGCUGCGUUUGCUGGAAUAGCUAUAUCAGAAAUUAUCUUGCAUCGACGGAUUAUGAUGGCAUAGUCAAGUUAUGGGAUGCCUCAACUGGUGAAGGGUUUCUUCAAUUCGCCGAGCAUAGCCAAAGGGCUUGGUCAGUUGAUUUCUCUCGUGUAGAUCCUAGGAAGCUAGCCAGUGGCAGUGAUGAUCGUUUGGUGAAAAUUUGGGGCAUCAAUGAUAGGAACAGUUUAUGCACGAUCAGGAACAGCGCUAACAUCUGUUGUGUUCAGUUCUCCCCUCACUCCACUCACUUGUUGUCCUUCAGCUCUGCCGAUUACAGAACAUAUUGCUUUGAUCUUCGAAACGCAUCCACGCCUUGGUGCGUGUUGGCUGGCCAUGAAAGAGCAGUCAGUUAUGCGAAAUUUUUGGAUGCAGACACCAUAGUGUCUGCAUCUACUGAUAAUACUUUGAAAGUUUGGGAUCUAAAGAGAACGAGUCCCCACUCCUUCUCGAGGGAUGCUUGCGUGUUGACUCUCAGUGGGCACACUAAUGAGAAGAACUUUGUUGGCCUGUCGGUUGCUGAUGGAUACAUAGCAUGCGGCUCUGAGACGAAUGAGGUAGUCUAUGCCUACCAUAGAUCACUUCCCAUGCCAAUUACCUCCCACAAAUUUGGUUCAUUCGAUCCUAUAACUGGUAAGGAGACUGAAAAUGACAAUGGACUGUUUGUCUCGAGCGUUUGCUGGAGAAAAAAGUCGAAUAUGGUGGUUGCCGCCAAUUCAUCCGGCAGUAUCAAACUUCUUCAGUUGGUCUAG